UAAACCCAUAAACACAAAACAAGUUAGAAUUAAGAUUAAAUUUAAUAUUUUAGCUGUUUUAAGUCUUUUUCUUAUUACCUUUUUGAAUAUGCUUGAAAUUUAAAAAAAGCAUGUGAAAUAAUGCAAAAUGUACGACCACUUGGAAAAAUCUACGUUAAAGCAAAAGUAUAUUAAAAUAUUUUUGGUUGUUAGUGCUUACUGGUUCAUUUCUAUAUCGACAGUUUUUAUCAAUAAGGCUUUGUUCGCCAGCUCAUUGAUCAACUUAGAUGCACCAUUAUUUGUAACUUGGUUUCAAUGUUUAUUAUCAACAUUAAUAUGUUUUGGAAUGAGUAUUAUUUCAAAAUGCUUUCCUGCACAGUUUAAAUUCCCAGAUGGUAAUCCUAUAGACUUCAAUGUUAGUAAAAAGGUUCUUCCACUUUCAAUACUAUUUACAUGCCAAAUCGCUGCGAAUAAUUUGUGUCUCAAAUAUGUCGGAGUAGCUUUUUAUUACGUAGGACGCUCACUAACAACUGUCUUUAAUGUUGUAUUCUCACUUAUUUUAUUAGGACAAAAAACUAGUCUAAAAUGUAUUUGGUGCUGCGCCGCAAUUAUAUUUGGCUUUUGGUUAGGGGUAGAUCAGGAAAGCUUAACCGAUUCAUUUUCUUUAAAGGGGACACUUCUUGGUGUGCUGGGUUCAUUAACUUUAUCACUAUAUUCAAUUUAUACAAAAAAAAUUUUACCCCAUGUAAAUCAAGAAAUUUGGCUUUUAAGUUAUUACAAUAAUUUUUACUCGUGCUUCUUAUUUAUUCCAUUAAUAAUAUUAAAUGGAGAGCUAUCAAAUAUUGUGAGUUAUGAAAAUUUAGGUAAAUCGUGGUUUUGGUCAAUAAUGAUUGUUGGGGGAGUAUGUGGUUUUUCAAUAGGAAUAAUAUCGGUUUUACAAAUAAAGGUCACAUCACCUUUAACGCACAAUAUUUCUGGAACGGCUAAGGCAUGUGCUCAAACAGUUAUUGCAACGCAGUGGUACAGUGAAACAAAAUCAUUCCUUUGGUGGAUGUCUAAUUUAAUUGUACUGGGUGGAAGUGCAAUGUACGCUCGAGUUAAACAACUUGAAAUGUCAGAAAGCCAAUCUAAAAGCGAUUUCGCGCAAAAAAUUUGACAAAGAAUGGUUGAAAGAACUUUUCUUCCAUACUAAUUUCACUAGUUGCAUAUGAGUUAUGUAGGUAAAUAUAUGACUAGAUCACUUUUAUAUCAAAAUAUAAGAGCAUAAAUAUUUCUAAAUUUUUAAUUUUAA